AUGUCCAAGUUUAAUCCUCCGUCGGAGUUUAACUUCACGAGCCCGGGAGAAUGGCCGGAGUGGAAACAGAGGUUCGCACGCUACAGGCUGGCCACAAAACUGAACAAAGAAAAUGGCGAGGUUCAAGUCUGCUCACUUAUCUACGCGAUGGGCAGCGAAGCAGAGAAAAUCUUCGCCUCGUUCGAGUUUGCUACGGAAGACGAUAAGAAGAAUUACGAAGGGGUUCUCUCAAAGUUGGAUGAGUACUUCAUACCCAGACGCAACGUAAUACACGAGAGAGCGUGUUUCUACCAACGUAACCAACUGCAAGGGGAAAAGGCAGAGGCGUACAUAAGGGUGCUGUACGAGCUAGCGGAGAACUGUGAUUUUAGCGAUAAGCGGGGAUGA